UUCAUAUGCUAUAAAAGUGAAUCAACAAAGUGAAAGUACAUUUUUUACUUUCUAUAGGUUAAAUGUUUUCCUUGUUCCGUAUAUUUCUUGAAAUGCUGUCAACUUUGAAUAAAUAUAAAAACCCAUUCGUCUAAUUUUCAAAGGUUUGAAUUUUCCAUAAUUCUUGAAAAAUGAAUGACGGAACCCUUUAUAAAUACUUACCGAUACUAUUAUGUAUACUUUCACUUCCGCUGUCUAUGUUCCUGUGGAUCGGAAAUGUUGCUUAUUCUAAAAUGGCUAGAGAUAAUGAAGAAAGUGUUAUUCCGCCCACACGAUGGUUGUUUUCCAUCUUAACUCCAAUUUUAUUGAUGGUGUAUGGAUUAAAACGAAAAGGAGUCAACAAAUCAGGUGCUGGUUUAGGUCUAUUCUGCUCCAUAAUUUUGUCGAUUUCGUCCCACGCGUACUUUGCCUGCUUGGCAACGUUUUUCUUCACGUCAAGCCGCGCAACGAAAUUCAGAAGCCAUUUGAAACGUAAAUUGGAAGAAGAAUUUCGGGAUGGAGAGGGCCAACGUAAUUGGGCCCAAGUUAUCUGUAAUGCCGGUAUGCCCACACAGUUAGCUUUAUUGUAUCUGUUGGAUUGUGGCUAUGGCGAGCGACCAAUCGACUUCAUGCAACUCUACAGGUCCAGUUGGCUUAGUAUAGGAAUAAUGGGUUCGUUUGCAUGUUGCAACGGAGAUACCUGGGCCAGCGAACUAGGGACCGUACUCGGUCGAAGUGAUCCAUUUUUAAUAACCACCAGAAAGCGAGUUCCACGAGGUACCAAUGGUGCAGUUUCUCCGAUGGGACUGCUAGUCAGCUUCUUAGGCGGAGCAGUGGUUGGAAUUGCAUAUUAUUUAACAAUCCGAUAUACUGUUGAUUCGAAAAUCUAUUCACACAGUCCGAACCAAUGGCCAAUUAUAGUUUUCGGUGGCAUUGCUGGUUUGCUAGGUUCAAUUGUUGAUUCGAUAUUGGGGGCUACGGUGCAGUACUCUGGAAUAAAUACCAGUGGAAAGAUCGUGGAGCGCCCUGGAAAGAACGUGCGCCACAUUUCCGGAGUGAGAAUUCUGGACAACCACAGCGUUAAUCUGAUUAGCAGCAUUAUUACCGGACUUAUUAUGCCAAGCAUAGCGAUGCAAUUUUGGGAUUUGCUAUAGAAUACUGCAGAGUAUCUCUUAUGGGCAAUUAUAGUUAUUCAAUAGUUUAUAGAAUUAGGUCUCAGAAUCUUUUUACAAUAGCUAUAAAAGUAUUUUU